GUCCGCUGUAAAUAUAACCUCAGUCCAAUGUUAAAGGUGCUUCUCAAGUUUCGAAUCCUAGCAAGGAAAGCAUUCAGCAAAAAGUAUCUCCUGUACACAAAUGUCGGUAUUUCCAUUAGUCUCUCUGGAGUUGGUGAUAUAAUUGAGCAACACUAUGAAAUCUACAGCAAUAACCUUGUAAGCUGGGAUCGGAACCGUACGAAACAAAUGUCGCUAUCCGGAAUGACGGUCGGAAUAUUCUGUCACAAUUGGUACAACUUCAUGGACCGCCGGUUUCCUGGCCGAACGCUGAAAAUUAUUCUUAAAAAGGUGCUAAUCGAUCAGACCGUAGCGUCUCCCAUAGUAAUCUUUCUGUUCUUUACCACUCUGGGAGUACUGCGAAAGGCAUCUGUAGAAGAAACGAUUUCCGAAAUGAAGGACAAAUUUGCUCGUCUUUACGCAGCAGAGUGGGUGGUAUGGCCUCCAGCGCAGUUGUUUAACUUCUACCUGUUGCCCACCAAGUAUCGUGUUCUGUAUGACAAUACCAUUUCUCUGGGUUAUGACGUCUACACAAGCUACGUUAUGAACGGCCAAAGUGGGUCGCAAGAGUUUUCUAGUUGAUAAGGUAUAAAAUUAGAACUAUAUAGUAGCUAUAAAAUAUUUUGCGAUUAGGACAUAACUGGUAUUGUGCAUAAAAAAAAUUAAUUAUCGAUUUCCACCAAUUUGAAAUCUAAUUUUGCAAACAAAAUAUUUUUAAUUUUACAGGAAUGAUUUAUCUACUUACCUAGAUUUGUUUAAUUCGAGCGCUUGUUGUUUGAAAUCGGUAAUUGCAUUCAACGCAGUUAUUUUCUAAUUGUAAUUUUUUUUAAUCUCUGCGUAAAAUGUGAUUAGAUAUAUUUUGUAUAUAUUACAUAUAUUUUGAACCAGUUUUCAAACCAUUGAAAUAAAUGUUCAUAU